AUGGAGGCAGGGGAACCGGGGCGUCGUCAGAGUUUUCCUCACCACCUGCUGCUGCUGCUGCUGCUGCCUAAGAGGCACCACGGAGAAGAAGACAGAGCCGCCUGCCAACCCUCAAGCAGCGGCUGCGGCGGCCGCAACAACCUGCCUGAAUACCAUGGGAGGAAUGAAGGAGGCAGGUGGCGAGGAAGAAAGCACACAAGGAAGCGGGGCAGAAAAGGGGCGCAGAGAAGGAAGGAAGGGUGGACUGAGGGAGAGGAAGGAGGAGUAGGAGGAAAACGCAGCCAGUGA